UCUUGCACAUGAUUGAUUGUGUUUAAUUUUUAAGCAGUCUGCUCCUUAGCUUUAACAUUUAUUUUGUAUCAUGCUAUAUUUUUGGAUAACAUGCAUGCGUGUUUAGAAACUUGGUUUAUGAGUACUACAAUAAGAAUAUCGGGUGGGAUUUUAUAGGAUCUACAGCUAUGGCCAAACGUUUUGCAUCAAGUAUAAUUUUAGGAUUGACACAUAGUUAAAAGAGAAGUCUACCGGAAGCCAUAAUGGUAUUGCAGUAGUUCAUGCUUGAUUUCGAAACGUCACAUUUUUGUUUUUCGUUAAGUAUAUGGAACACUACAAAGCAGUACGUAAUUCAAUAUGUUAACGUAACAUUAUUCAGCAGGUUUCUUUUGAUUUUAUGAAGCAAAAGCGAUUAAUUCAGCUCGGCAAAACUUUCAGCCAGAGCCUCUGGUGCAUUAUUGGUUGAGACGUCAAGUGUCGUUGUCGACCAAUAAGCUUCUCACUGUGAAAUCGGAGCUCUGUCACUCCACCCACUUUCCCUUAUAUAGAACUAGUCGUCAUUUUUUUGCUUUCUAGCACUGAAGCUUUUAGUAAACGGGAUAUUGGAUUUCGCACUACAAAAACGACACGCCAGGAGUACUGUAGAAUCAAGUAUAUGUUUGUAAAGGAAAAAAAAAAAAAAAGAAAGAAUAAAGUAUCCCCUUUCAUAUCAGAAACUAUCUGCGUUGUGUCAUCAUGAUCUGUGUGCAGAGGACUCGGGGAUUUAUAAAACAACUGCUCUGCUCUGUAUUUUCUGCUUGCUUUUGGAAUCUGGUUUCCGGGGAAAUGUUUUAUGCUAUUCCCGAGGAGCUGCAGUAUGGGGCCUUUGUUGGAAACAUCGCUAAGGAUUUAGGGCUGGGCGCUGGAAAAAUGUCCUCUCGCAAAUUAAGAAUAGCGUCAACCGACAGUGAACAGUAUUUUUUUGCAAAUGUACAAAAUGGGGAUUUACUCGUUAACAAACGGAUAGACAGGGAAGAACUGUGCGGCGAACAACCCACCUGUUAUUUGAAUCUGGAGGCAAUUAUGGAAAAUCCGCUCGAGUUGCACAAUAUAAAGGUAGAAAUUCAAGAUAUAAAUGACAAUUCACCUCUUUUUUCUGUUAAAGAGAUUCGUUUUAAUGUAAUCGAGACAGCAUUGUUAGGGUCCCGUUAUCAAUUAGAGAGUGCUCAGGAUAUAGAUGUAGGAAUCAAUUCUUUAAAGUCGUACUCUUUAAGUGCCAAUGAUUAUUUUAGUCUUGCUACACAGACUCACAGUGACGGGAGUAAGGUGGCAGAAUUAGUACUAGAAAAGCAGCUGGAUAGAGAAAAGCUGUCUUUAAUAAAUCUACUAGUCACUGCUUUUGAUGGGGGCGUGCCAGAGAAAUCUGACACUGCCGCUAUUAUUAUCACAGUUUUGGAUGCAAACGACAAUGCUCCAAACUUUGAACAGUCUGUCUACAAAGUACGUUUUCUCGAAGACACACCAGUUGGCACAUUAGUAAUUAAGCUCAAUGCUACUGAUCUCGAUGAAGGCCCAAACGGUGAGAUUUUAUAUUCGUUUAGUAGCCGCACUCCCAGCAAAGUAUUAAGCAUGUUUAAUAUUGAUUCUAGAACCGGAGAGAUAAGUGUAAAGAAACAGUUAGAAUUCAAGGAAAACACUAUUUAUGAAAUUGUUGUUCAAGCAAAAGAUGGAGGUGUCAUUCCAUUAACAAGCCACUGUAAGGUGCUUGUUGAUGUAAUAGAUGUUAACAACAAUGUGCCUGAGGUAAUAAUAAGUUCCUUAAAUAGUCCAAUACAGGAGGAUGUAGUGCCAGGAACAGUGGUUGCCUUGGUAACUGUAACAGACCGUGACUCCGGAGUGAAUGGGCAGGUUCAGUGUGAGAUCACCAGAAAUAUACCCUUCAGAAUCAGAUCUUUAGGAAACUACUACACCAUAGUAACUGAUGGCGUUCUAAACAGGGAAACUGUAUCUGAAUAUAAUAUUACCAUUACUGCCACUGAUUUAGGAUCCCCUGCCCUUUCCAGUGAGAAGACUAUUAGUGUUCAGAUAUCCGAUGUAAAUGACAAUCCCCCACAGUUCACACAGGAAGUGUAUACAGUCUUUGUGUCUGAAAAUAAUAACCCAGGAGAUCCAAUCUACCAGGUGGCGGCAUCUGAUAAUGAUGUAGGUUUAAAUGGGGAAGUCUCCUAUUCUGUUCUGGAGUCUCAGGUUAAGGACCAGCCUGUUUCCAUGUAUGUAUCCAUUGACAGGGACAGUGGAGUUAUUUUUUCCCAAACUGCAUUUGAUUUUGAAGAGCUGAAAGACUUUAAGGUUUAUGUACAAGCCGAAGACAGAGGUUUUCCAUCACUGACUGCAAAUGUCACUGUGAACAUUGUCAUUGUGGAUCAGAAUGAUAACUCCCCUGUGUUUUUGCAUCCUCAGACAAAGGGAGGCUCUUUAGCUGUAGAAAUGAUCCCUCGCUCUGCAGCUGCUGGAUACUUAGUGACAAAGGUUAUUACUGCUGAUGCAGACACUGGACAAAAUGCUUGGUUAUCCUACCAGUUAAUUCAGGCUACAGAUCCCAGUCUUAUCAGUUUGUCACCACACACAGGUGAAAUCAGGACAGCAAGGCCUAUUAAAAACACAGACUCUGCCAAACAGAAACUGGUCGUCCAAGUGAGAGACGAUGGGAAGCCAUCACUCAGUGCUACAGUUACUAUCGGUUUGCUGCUAACAGACUCUCUUCCGCAAGUGCUGCCUGACUUCAGUGACAAGCUGGAGAAUCAGGAGACACUUACCGAUUUAAACUUGUAUUUAAUCAUUACUUUAGGUUCCCUUUGCUUUGUGUUUUUUGGACUCCUCGUUCUCCUCAUUGCUUACAGAUGUUACAGAUAUAGAAAUCACUACAGUUACAGUUGUUGUUUUGGAACUUGUUGUGACAAUGACUUUGGGGAUUACAAGUUGAACUACCAGCUUCCUUCAAAUUGUGCCUUACCUCCAGACUUUAUAGACUUUACUGGCACAGGCACACGUUCCCAGAUUUACCAAUGUAGGACUCCUAUGGUUGCUCAUUCCAGAAAUGGCACCUUGCUGGUUUUGAGAGGGUGCAGCCCUCCAGGACAUGGGAGUAUUACAAGAACUGCUACUGCAAAAGAGCCAGACUGGCUGGUACAAGUACAGAAUACCAAUGGCAAUACAAUGAAUGCCACUGCUGAGCCUAGGCAACCAAAUACAGACUGGCGCUAUUCUGCAUCUUUGAGAGCAGGAAUGCAAAGCUCUGUGCUUAUGGAAGAAUCAGCAGUUUUGCAAGGUGCACCUGUGGUACAUGUACAGAACUGGCCUACAGUCUCCAGUGCAACACCUGAGCCUGAUGCUGGAGAGGUGUCCCCUCCAGUUGGAGCCGGAAUAAACAGCAACAGCUGGACCUUUAAGUAUGGACCCGGAAACCAGCAGCAGCAGCAGCAGCAGGAACCAGGAGAGGUCCCAGAAAACUUCAUCAUCCCAGGCUCCCCUGCCAUUAUCUCUAUCCGACAGGACCAGGCUGGGCUGUGGACGGCAUCUGAUUAG